ACGACACACACAACACAAAACAACACAACACAUUGCAUGCGUCCCAACCCUCAAACUUUUUAGAACUGCAGGUACAAUUAAGCAUGCUUAAAAAUUCGUACGGGCAGCUGGCAUCACAGUUUGAUAUAUUGAGAAAGGAAAAUGGUUAUCUCUUAGCGCGUUUGCAAAAUGCUGUAAAUAAUGGUAAUCCGAAUGUGGUUAGUAAUGUGCUACGGAGACUGACACAAGCGAAUCAACAGUACAACGUUUUUAGAAAUGCGAUGCAAGCUGAUAAUUUUAAUUUGCAAAAAACACUUCAAUAUUCAAUGUUGCAGUUGCAAGACAGAGACCGUGCUUUGAACAACCAAAACAUUCAAAUUAAAAAUCUCCAACAAAUCAUUCGCUCGCUUCCGAUCCAAUGUAGAAACUUUGCUCUUUCGGGAAAUAACUUUGAGACUAAUGACUGUUCUAAUUUAUCCGUGGAUAAUAAAAAAAUGGCAGAUUUGAUAAAGACGAAAGAAGGAGAAGUACAAAAUUUGCGGAAACAAAUUAGUUCACUACUAGUCGAAUAUAGUAAUCUUAAGUCUCCAAAUAAUAUUUGCAUUCAAAAACCAUGUUUGUGUGCAGAAGCACAACAUCAUGUUAAAAAAGUACAACAAAUUGUUACACCAACACCACCGAAAAUUGUGCGCGUGUUGGUACCAGUAGUUCAACCUAAAGUUGUGGUUAAAGAAGUGAAAGUACCACAAAUUGGUGGUCAGCGUUGUCCACCUCCGAGAAUAGAAAAAAUCGAAGUACCGAAAGUGAUUAUUCAAAAAGUACCGUUCGAGGUCCCUGUACCAUCAAAAUGUACCCUUCCAGAUUUAUCGACUUUGUACAAUUGUAAAUCAUUGGAGAAGUCAAUUGACGAGCUUUCGCUACCUAAUUUUAGUCUUGCUGACAUUUUCAAAUUUAAACAAACCCUAUUAUCUUUAAUCACGCGACAAAAGAAUUGCAUGGCAUCGUCGAUAACAACUAAAAUUUGUACAAAUUUACCAAAAAUAAAUGUACCCCAAUCGUGUCUCGCACCUUCUUCAAUUGUUGACAGUUUGGUUAUGAGUGGUUACAGCACUUCUGUUGUCACUUCGUAUAAAGAAUCUCUAUUGCUUCUUUUGCAAAAUGUACAAAAUUGUUCCCUCCAGGGCAAAAACUAUGCUGGUAUUCAACAAACAAAAGUUGAUAAACUAAGUGGAGCAAAUUGCCCAAAAUUGCCUGUUUUGAAAUUGUCAGAAGGUUGCUUUGAGCCGGUUGAAAUUGUCAAUAGUGUUGAUUUAGGAGGCUACAGUCCUUCAGACUCUGAUAAUUAUAAGCAAUCACUUUUAAAAAUGUUGAAUAAGUUACAGAAAUGUACUUUAAACCUACAUUCAGUUUCAGGUUUUAGCAGUAUACCACCUGCGCUGUCAAAUAAUAAUUUGCAAAACAAUUGUUCACAUUUACGAUUACCUUUGUUGGAAGCACCACAGACUUGUUUAUCACCUUCACAAUACACACAAAAUUUAGUUAUUCAAGGUUACAAUCCUACCGACAUUUCUUUAUUUAAACAGUCUUUGUUAGGUCUCAUUGAAAAAUUACAAAAUUGUAGAGAUUCUCCAAAUUACAGUCAAAAAGCGGUAUCAAAUGGAGGUUUGUUACUCACCCAACAACCUCCACAAUCAACCUGUGGAAAUCUUCCAAAACUACCAACUGUCGGAAAUUGUGUAGCACCUCCUGAAAUAAUAAAUCAAGUAAAUUUGAAUUCAUUCUCCAAACUAGAAGCAGAAAUAUUUAAGCAAACUUUACUGGAAUUAUUACAUUUACAACAAAAAUGUUGUUCGAAGCAAACUUCGCAAGUUGUUGAAAAGCCAGUAUAUGUCCGUAUCCCUGUUGAGCUACCGCCUAGAACCGUGGUCAAAAAGGUACAAACAGUUCAGCCUCCGAGAAUUAUCGUUAAACAAGUUCCAGUACCGGUGCUACAACCACCCCAAAUUAUCACUAAACAAGUUUAUGUCCCGGCGAGUACUAAAUGUAAACCUAUUAUUCAACAAGUACCUGUGAAAUAUGCGGUACCAGUGAAAAUUAAAAUUCCAGUUCGCAUUCCAGUCACAAAACCAUGUCACUUACCCAACAUUGAUAUUUUUGACUGUUCUCCUUUCACUAGAGCUGUUGAUUCUUUAGAUUUAUCCGGUUACAAUCCAUCUGAUGUCUCUGAAUUUAAGGAAAGUCUUUUAUCAUUAAUUAAUAAACAAAGAAUGUGCUCUCUGACGGUACCAACAUCAGCAUCAAUUAUUAAUCCUUAUAUUUCUUCCAACAAUCAACCAAAAGUGUCAUUGGGAACGUCUCGAUGUAAUUUACCUGAUUUAUCUCAAUUACAGGGUUGUAUAACCCCACAAAUGCUUGAAUCAUUUAGAAUUUCACCUGUAUGUAGUCAUCAUGAGGUUCUUACGUUUAAACAAACCCUUUUGGGUAUAGCAGCAGUUCAAAGAAACUGCGUAAUGCGAAAUGAUAAUCCACCUCCAAUGUCUUCUGAUGAUUUACAAGACGAACUUCCAAGAAAGCAGUUGCAAAGUAUUCAUCAGCAUGAGAAUAAAACACCGAAACCCAAUGGUGUGUCUCCUAAUUUGUUCACGAAACAGUUAGUUCCGAAAGUUAUUGUGAAAGAAAUUCGAGUACCGGUGAAAGUACCAGUGCCAGUGCGUGUGAUGCAACCUCCAAGAAUUUUAGUGAAACAAGUGCCCGUGCCGAUACUACAACCACCAAAAAUUAUUAUAAAACAAGUACCAAUUCUUAUCAAUAAAACUAAUUCAAAACCGUUGAUUAUCUACAAAGAAAAGCCAGUAAUGGUUCAAUUACCUCCACGUGUCUUGAUUAAACAAGUACCUGUUAAAGUUUUUGUUCCAGUUCAAGCUAAAGUAUCAACUGACUGUCACUUGCCUUCGAUAAAUAUUAAUAGUUGCUCUGAUUUACAAAACGAAAUUAAUUCUUUGGUAGUAGGAGGUUUUAAUUCAGAGGAAGUGAAUAGUUUUAAACAAAAUCUUUAUUCAGUUCUUAUGCAACAAAGAAAUUGUAUUCAAUGUCAUUUGCCUGAUGUAAAUAUACAAGGAUGUGAGGCAUUUGAUCAACAAAUUGGAUCAAUGAAUAUUCCAGGUUACAAUCAAUGGGAUGUGGAAAUAUUUAAACAAAAACUUAUUUCGAUACUUGCUCAGCAAAAACAAUGUUUAGCUUCUACUAAUGGUGGGGAUCAAGAAUCGAAAGCACCACAACCUUAUAGAGUUAUUGCGAAGCAAGAACCAAUUCCAGUUCCACAAACUGCGAAAAUAAUAUACAAACAAAUUCCUGUGUUUACAAAAUGUGAUAAAAAACCGGUAAUUAUCGUGAAAGAGAAACCAGUGCCGAUUUUGCCGACUCCUCGUGUUAUUGUGAAACAAGUACCAAUAAGAGUAGGAGAUGAUGGUACUAAACGUCAACAACCUGGUACCACAAAGUUACAUUCUUCUGAACUGAAAUGCCAUUUGCCUAGUAUAAAUAUACAGGGAUGUGCAGAUUUGAUACAACAAAUCAAUUUGGCAGAUAUGUCGAGUUAUGAUUCACUAGAAGUUCUGAAUUUCAAACGAAAUCUAUUGUCGAUGUUUUUGGAACAAAGAAAAUGUAUACAAAAGUCGGUGCCAAACGGGCCAACUACUCAUCAACCAGUUUAUAUAAGAGUUCCAGUUAAGGUACCAGUUCGCGUAGAAGUACCAAAAGAGGUAAUUAGAGAGGUUAAAGUACCUGUUCCGGUACUACAACCUCCUAGAAUCAUAAUCAAGCAAGUACCUGUUCAAGUGCCUCAAUCUCCUAGAGUCAUAAUUAAGCAAAUACCAAUUAUGACCAAAUGUGAUCACAAACCAAACGUUGUAGUCCAGGAAAAACCGGUUCAGAUUCCUUCACCGCCACGAAUUGUUAUCAAGCAAGUACCGGUUAGAGUUCCAGUUUCUACAAACUUACGUUGUCACUUACCUAGACUAAAUAUCAAUAAUUGUGAAGAUCUACGAAAUGUUGUUGGAUCAUUAUCUGUGCCUGAUUAUGAUGGAUUCGAAGUGAAUCGUUUUAAAAAAGAUAUUUUGUUACUGCUUAAUAAACAAAGAAAUUGCAUAAAGUGUAAAUUACCUGAUCUACAAGUAAUUGCAGGGUGUCAUGCACUACAAAAUCAAAUUCAAUCUCUACCUCUAUCAAACUUUAAUUCUUGGGAUGUACACAUGUUUAAACAAAAUCUCUUGUCACUUCUCGACGGCCAAAGAAAGUGUGUCCUACAAUCUGGUAGUCUUGUUAGGAACAAUAUUGUACCUGAGGGAGAACACGGUGAAACUAUCAAUCCAGGUAUUGUACCAUCUUGCGUUCCAAAAAUAGUGGAAGUACCAAAAGAAGUUGUAAAAGAGGUAAUAAAAGAAAUUCGUGUCCCAGUAAAACAACCAGUCGAAGUACCAAAAGAAGUUAAAGUUUUUGUGCCGCAAGCUCCCAGAAUUUUAAUAAAACAAGUAGAAGUACCAGUACCUCAGCCUCCUAAAGUGAUCGUGAAAGAAGUCCCAGUUAUAAAUGAAAAUUGUGAUCAACAGCCAAAGAUUAUAGUGAAAGAAAAACCUGUUCAUAUACCGGUGCCUGGACGUACCAUCACCAAAGAAGUACCGGUUAGAGUCAAUGUACCUGUGAGGAUUCCUGUUAAAUCAGAGUGUCACUUGCCUGUUGUGAAUGUUAAUACUUGCAACGAUAUACAAAGUGAGAUUGAUUCUAUAGUUUUGAAUGGCUACAAUUUGGUAGAAGUGAAUAACUUCAAACAAAAACUUUUCAGUUCGUUUAUGCAGCAAAGAAACUGCUUACAGUGCAGGUUGCCACAGGUGAAUGUAGUGGGAUGUGAAGACUUGCAGAAACAAGUUGAUUCGAUUAAUAUACAGAAUUACAGUUCUUUGGACAUAGCAAAUUUCAAAGAAAAUUUGUUCAACAUGCUUCUCAACCAACGAAAAUGUAUGCAAAAACAAUUAGAACGUUUUAUUUCUCCUAACCAGGGAUUGAAACGUCUUCCUGGUCACACAAUAUUAAGCACUGCAAGUGACGAGUAUCCUCGAAUUACAGCACAACCUUGCGUACCUAAAGAAAUAAUUAAGGAGGUCAAAGUUCCUGUAAAAGUUUUUGUAAAAGAGCCUCCAAAAAUUGUUAUAAAAAAAGUAUCAAUACCACAACCUCCUCGAAUUAUAAUCAAACAAGUACCAACAGUAAAAUAUGAGCGUAACCAGAUUAGAAACGGAGGAGCAGUACCUGAAAUAACACCAAGCGCUCCAAGCAAUGAGCAGUCUGGAGUUCCAAAAUGUGUACCUAAAGAAAUAAUUAAGGUGGUUAAGGUUCCUGUAAAAGUUUUUGUGUCACAACCUCCGAAAAUUGUGACGAAAGAAAUACCAGUACCGAGAAUACUAAUUAAGCAAGUACCGGUUUUAAAAUGUGAUUACAAUCAGAUUAGAAAAGAAGAAGAAGUACCUGGUCAAAAUUCUGCCUAUGGUUAUAUCAAUAAAGGUUCACCCAACUCACUACCAUAUUCUAAUUACGAUUCAGUGUUUUUGAAGAGAAAUGUUUGCGAAGAUUUGCAAAAUGAAAUUAAUUCGUUGGUUCUACCUGUUCCUGACUCUCCACAAAUACCCGACUUUAAACAAAAACUAGUAUCAUUUAUUUUACAACAAAGAAAGUGUGGACAAUGUAGGUUACCCAGUUUGGGUAUUGGUGGAUGUCAAAAUUUACAAAACCAAGUUGCUUCUUUAAAUAUGCCGAAUUAUGUUUCUUCAGAGGUUCAAACGUUCAAAAAUAAUUUAUUAAAUUUGCUUUUGCAACAACGAAAUUGUGUGAAAUCUGAUUGUGAAGCCAAAGUAAUUAAAGUUCCUGUCGAUAGAUUUAUUUAUCAUAGGGUUCCUGUAAAAAUACCGGUGAAAGAAAUUGUAGAAGUACCUAAAAAAGUUAUCGUCCCGGUGAAAGUACCAAUAAUUAAACAAGUUCCCGUCAGAGUACCCGUAAAACAAAUCGUUGAGGUACCAAAAGAAGUGAUAAAGGAAAUAGUUAAGGAAGUUCGAGUCCCUGUGAAGGAAGUUGUUGAAGUACCAAAAGAAGUUAUUAAAAAAGUAUCAAUUAUGGUACCACAACAACCGAAAGUUGUAGUUAAACAAGUACCUGUGGCGGUACGUCAACCACCUAAAGUGAUUAUUAAACAAGUACUAGUGCCAACUAAAUGUGAUCAUAAACCGAAUGUAAUUGUUAAGGAAAAACCAGUACAAGUGCCAGUAUAUUCGCCCCCUAUAGUAAAACAGGUACCAGUCAAGAUUUUAGUUAAAUCGGAGUGUCAUUUGCCACAAAUAGAUUUCAGUAAUUUGGAUACAUGUGGAGACGUUCACAGUUUGCUUGGAUCUUUAGCUAUUCCAGGGUAUAGCUUAAAAGAAGUUGACCGCUUUAAAGAAAAACUUUUGGCCGUAUUUGCACAACAGAGGAAUUGUGCUCAAUGUAGACUACCGGAUAUAGAUAUCAACCAGUGUGGAGGAUUACAACACCAAGUGGAUUCGUUAAAUAUACAGAACUCUAAUCUCUGGGAGGUUCAGACUUUCAAACACAAGCUUUUAACGGUACUUCUGAAUCAAAGAAAUUGUGUGGUACAACCUGAAUGUCGACCACAAGUAAUUAAAGUUCCUGUCGAUAGACCAGUUUACAGGGAAAUUCCAGUUAACAUUCCGGUGAAACAAAUUAUCGAGGUACCAAAAGAGAUCAUCCGGGAAAUUAAGGUUCCAGUUUACAAACAGGUGCCUGUGCGAGUCCCUGUGAAACAAAUUGUUGAGGUUCCAAAAGAUGUUAUUAAAGAAGUGAAAGUAGAAGUUCCAAAAGAAGUGAUAAAAGUAGUUAAAGUUCCAGUUCGAGUUCCCAUACUUCAACCCCCGAAAGUGUUGGUAAGGGAAGUAACAGUUCCGGUGCCACAACCCCCCAAAAUUAUUGUAAAACAGGUACCUAUCAUCAUUUCUAAAUGUACUCAGAAACCUAGAAUUGUGGUAAAAGAGAAACCUGUACCGAUUCAACUACCACCUCGUAUUAUAAUUAAGGAGGUACCAGUGAAAGUUAAAGUCUCAGUACCAGUUGGAGAAAAAAAUGAGUGUCAUUUACCUACCAUAAAACUGAAUAGUUGCGAAGAUAUACAGAACCAGAUUGCAUCUUUAGUUAUUUCGGGUUACAGCGUGCAAGAAGUGCAGCAAUUUAAACAGAAUUUGUUGUCGGUACUUUUCGGUCAACGGAAUUGUUUGCAGUGCCAUCUACCUGACAUUAGUGUUUACGGAUGUACAGGAUUGGAAAAUCAAAUAGCAGCAAUCCAUCUACCAAAUUUAAAUGCACUUGAAGCUCAUAGAUUCAAACAUAACCUUUUUACAAUGUUACUCAAACAGCAACAAUGUGGACCACGACGUGAAUACUAUCCUGAAGUUCUUCAAUUUUCUCCACCUAAAACUGCUUCAUUAAUAAGUGAAGAUUUAAAUCCAAAUGUAAUAUACGGUAAUGGUGGGGCAAGAAACCUUAACAUCCCCGAGAUGAAGAAAGAGGCUUGUAAGCCAAGGGUUUUGGUUAAAGAAGUACCGAUAUCAGUACCACGAGCUCCUAAAGUAAUCGUUAAACAAGUACCUGUGAUAACAAAAUGUGACCAAAAACCACAAAUUAUUAUCAGGGAAAAACCUGUGCCAGUACCAUCGGCGCCUCGAAUUGUCAUUAAGGAAGUACCCGUGAGUUCAAAAUGCUAUCUUCCUAAAAUAAAUGUGGCCACGUGUGACAAAAUACAAUCGCAGAUCGAAAACCUUGAGAUUCCGAAUUACAGUUCUUUGGAGGUAACCCAAUUUAAACAAAAUCUUUUAACCAUUCUCACUAGACAAAAGAGUUGUACUUUACAUCACUGUGCUAGAAAAGAGUGUCAUCUACCAAAUAUAAAUAUCAAAGGUUGUUCUUAUUUAGAGAACCAAAUUGGUGUAUUAUCUUUCCCUGAUUUUAACCCUGGAGAAGUUCAAACAUUCAAACAAAAUUUGUUGUCAUUGCUUUUACAACAGCAAAACUGUCAAAAAAAUGGUUCUUUGAACAAACGCGUACCAGUAAACGUGUCGACGGAGCCUCAGAAGGUGGUAGUACCACAAGUUCCUUUUCCACAAUCUCCAAAUAUUGAAAACCAUCAGAGGCCACAACAGGGUAACGUACCUUUACCAUCUAAUGCACAUGUAAAUAGGGCAGGAGAAGGAAGUCAACUACCCUUACAAGAUGGAGUACCCAAACUUCACAAAGCAGCACAAGAAGGUGGGACACCCAUGUAUCCGAGAGAAGGAGCUUCAGGGUUUCCUACCCUGACUCCAUUUAGCUUCGAUUACUGUCGUUUGCCAGAUUUAAGUCUAAGCAAUUGUGAAGAUUUAGAAAGCCAAGUAAGAGAAUUGUUUGUUCCAAAGUGCAACACUGCUGACGUUUUUAAAUUUAAACAAGGUUUGUUCUUAUUACUUGCGCAACACAAAAUUUGUAACAAAGAAAUAAAUCCUCUUCGUGAAAACUCUUCAGGCACUCCUAGUUCUCUAAGACUUCCAACAAAUUAUCAAAAUAGCUGUCGUUUGCCCCGAAUUGACCUUCACGGUUGUACUAAUCUGCAAAACAAAAUCGAAUCAUUAAAUUUAAAUAAUUACGAUUUGGUUUCAGUUGCUGAAUUCAAACAAAAUUUGCUUUCGGUACUUUUGGACCAAAGAAGGUGCAUUAGUUCAGGAUCUGAAAAUUGUCAACCAAAAAUUGUUAAAGUUCCGGUUGAAAUACGCGUUCCGUAUCCGGUACCACAAGCUCCUAAGAUUAUAGUUAAACAAGUUCCCGUUUUCAUUAAACAGAAUCCCGAAAUUGUAAUAAAAUAUGUGCCAGUUCAUGCAUCACCUAAAAACGUUGUUCUGAAACAUGUACCAGUUAGAGUACCAGUAAAAGUGCCGGUACGUGAGCAAGUACCUGUUAGAGUACCAAUUCCGGUCCAGGUUCCUGUUAAACCUGAAAUUACCGAUACUCCAGUUUAUAUUCAAAAACCAGUUGUUACUAAAGAAGUACCAGUAAAUUUGUGUCCGAAACCACAAAUUAUAAUUAAGGAAAUACCUGUUGAAAAGAAAGUUUUUGUUCCGCAGUCUUGCAAUUCUGAAUCUGACGAUAAUAAUAAUAAUAAUAAGAUUUUGAUGCCACAGUCAGUUAAACCUAUUAUAAAACAAAUCCCUGCUCCGGUUAAGGAACCUUUGAAGGUUCUAGUCAAAAAAGUACCAGUAUAUAUUAAAACACCAGUACCAGUAAGAAUACCACAGCUAAAAAUAGUGGAGAAACAAGUGCCGGUUCGCAUUGAGGUACCACCAAAAGUAAUAAUUAAGGAAGUUAAAGUACCAAUGCUGAAUGGUAAGUCGUGUCCACCACCUAAAGUUGUAAUGGAGAAGGUACCAGUGCCUCAACCUCCACAAAUUAUUACAAAACCGGUACUUGUUUCAGUGCCUUGUAAUUCUUCAAAAUUGAGUCAGAUGUGUGCUUUACCGACAUUGCCACUUCCAAAAAUUUGCGAGAGUCCUGAAAAUGUAGUAAACGGAAUAUUUUUGGGCGGUUUUGGGUCAAAUGACUUUGAAUUAUUUAAACAAAAUUUGUUGCAAUUGCUUAAACACCAGCAGCAUUGUAACUUCUCCCCUAAAGCUGCACAAUUAGAUGCUGCGAAAUUUCCAUCAAAGUCGUUUUUAUGUCAAACAAACAGAGAAAGAUUAAUGAAACGCUUGCAUAAUUACGGAUCCCAAUUAUGUCGGUAUAAGAAAAUGAUGAAACAGUUACAACUUCGAUUCAAUGGUUUGUUGAAUUUGAGACAAGAACAGUUACCUGCAGUUCCUCUUCCCAUGUUGCAUGUUAUGAAAUCUGUCUCUCCUUCCGUUCCUUUACGACCCUUCCAGCAUGUAUCGUCGGUCUCUGCCACUCGGGCAACAUUUGUCAGAAACCUAAACCAAGUUUACAAACACACACAAGCAGCAUUACAACAUUGCAUGGAUGCUAUUUUGGCUCAGUCAUUAACUCACUCACAGAUUAACGCGAAAUGUAACAAUUGUCACCAGCUUAUCCAGGAUAAAGAACUGGCGGAAAAUCAAAUCAAGUUCCUCAAUUCAAUUAUUGUGGAUAUGCAGAAGAAGACCGAAGAGCAAAGAGCGAGGAUUGAAAUCUUGGAAUCAGGAUAUAGCCCGGCUAUGGCUGACGAAUUGAAAUUGAUGGGUUCUAUUCAGCGACAAGUGCCUCCAAGAAUUUAUUGCGAUAUCUGCGAAGAGUUUGAUUUACACGAAACGGAAGACUGCCCCAAACAAAACACCGAUUUAGUGCCAGCGAAUGGAGGACAGCGGGAACAUAAACAUGUAGCAGAAAGGCCAUACUGCGAAAUAUGUGAAGCCUUUGGUCAUGCCACGGAAGAUUGCCAGGAGGAUCAAACAUUUUAGAAAAUAUAUUGUUAUUAAUAAUUUAUUUAUCAAAUUAAUAAAUAUCUUGUAAAAAAUGCCUAGUUAACAUUUGUUUAACAAAAAUGAGUUGUUUUGUAAGACACUAUCCGUUGAAGAGGUAUUUGUAAAUAAGGAAUGUGAAUCAUAAUUAUUUAAUAAAUAUAUUUUUCUGUUAUUAACAGUUA